CAAUUCAGUACUAGCGAGAUUUUUUUAUUUUUAGGUGGAGAUGUGGUUUAAAGGUUAGAAAACAGCUUUGGGACCAAAAGAUUGCCGGUUUGAUUCCCUGAAUCAGCAGGAAUGGCUGAAGUACUCUUGAGCCAUUCUAACCGCCUCCCCCCUUUCUUUUUCCCUGGUCUGAUACCGAUUUUUGUUAAUGAAGGACACAGAUAACUGAUACAGUACCAGUCAGAGUUUGGACGCACCUUCUAAGUCGAUGUUUUUCUUUAUUUUUAUUAAUUAAGUCACUUCAUGUCUUAACGUAAUGAUGCAUGUUGUUUCUCUUUUCUUAGUUGAGCGGUUCUUGACAUAAUAUAGAUUACUACAGUUGUGGAACAGGGCUAUUUACUGUAUUAUUAUUACUUACUGUUUGAUCUCAAGUGUAUUAAGAAGGCAAGAAACUAGUUUAUUAAUUAACUUUUGAUGAGGCACACCUAUUACCUGAAAAGCAUUCCAGGUGACUACCUCAUGAAGCUGGUUAAGAUGAUGCCAAAAGUGUACAAAAAGUGUCAUCAAGAUGACAUGAAAAUGUCAAUCAGCACGUCAAAGAAGAGAAAACUGUGCUCUACCAAUGCUGAAAGUAAUCCAGCGAAGAAGAAAGCCUUGACACAGGAGAGUUACUCAAAGAGAGCGUCCGCUCGGCUAAAAGAGAACAGCCCGUCUCUGCUGAAUUCACUUGAAAGGAUGCGUUCCCCAUCGCGCUCUCCCAGUACACCCAGAAAGAUGCGCCACAGCUCCACGUUGGAGUCUCCUCCUAAACGAGCAUCCCCUUUCAAAGCCGCACUCCGAACAGGGUCCUUUUACAGCAAGCAGAAACCCCUUUACCUCACACCACUUGAAAGGAAGGUGCUUAAGGAAAGCAAGCCGCCUCCAGCAAACCGAGAUCAGCCGAGCACUCCUGUGUCGUCGGGAGGGAACAUCAAAACCAAAAAGCCUAAAAAGGAGAAAGUGAUAGCACAGAAAUCCAACCUAAAGGGCUACUUUGCACCUAAACCCAACUGGAGCAUGAAAGCAGAUUCAUCUACAAACACAGUGGAAGUGAAGAAGCAGGCCUUGAUUACAUUCAGUGGUCUGAAAUCCAAACACAAACCCAGAAUCGUCGUCAGCGCUGCUUUCUUUGGGACUGGAAAAAAGCCAGUGUCCAUGUAUAAGUCUCACACUCUGAAGCCAAAACAAGCCACCAGUCAGAAACCAGCAGUGGAAAAGGAUGCAGUUCCAGUGCAGAGAGAUUGCUCUUCAGUGCGCAAGACUGUUUUUAUUCACAAACCAAAACUGAAUCCUCAGCUGCUGCCUAAACUUGGGGAAUGUGGUGCAUCUGAGGGCACAGAACAGACACCAUGGGUUCAGCCCUUGAGCUCACACAGUGUCUCUCAGUCUGCUGUCGUUAACAAGGCUGUUACCAGGAAACCUGGUUCACCAGUCAAGUCCUUAACCUCGAAUAUGGAUCACCAGGACACAGCUACCAGUCCUGGCCUGGAUACAGUGCUGGACAUUAGUGGAAUAAACACCUCAAAUAACAGCAGCUGCUCAGAUAACGAAAUGUCAGCUGUGUAUCCCAUCUUCGGUUCCAGAAGGUCUCGGAAGAAGAGUGGUCUGUCUUCCCCUCUGAACUGCAGCACUCCCUCUGCUGGAACACCAUCUCUCUUGGUUAAGGAGAGGGGUUCCAGAAGGAAGAAAGAGCUGAAGAAGCAAAAUGAUCAGCUCAUCAUUGAUGCAGGCCAGAAGCAGUUUGGUGCCACUAUGUGUACUUCGUGUGGCAUGCUGUACAGCGCAGACAGUCCAGAGGACAACUUCCAGCACACACAAUUCCACCAGCGUUUUCUCAACACCAUCAAGUUUGUGGGCUGGAAGAAGGAAAGAAUUGUGGCAGAAUUCUGGGAUGGCAAAAUCAUCCUCGUUCUUCCUGAAGAUCCAAAGUACGCGACUAAAAAGGCAGAUGAUGUGAGACGUAUUGCAGACAGUGAGCUAGGAUUUCAACAAGUCAAUCUCAGCAGUCCCGGUGCUGCCAAAACCUACCUGUUCAUCAACAGUGACAAGAUGGUGGUAGGCUGCCUGGUGGCUGAGCCCAUAAGACAGGCAUUCAGAGUGCUAGAGCAGCUGGAGAAGCUGAAGGACAUGACUAAGGAGGACUUCAUGGAGCACCACAGAGCCUGGUGUUGCUCCACUGUGCCAGAGAGAGCCAUUUGUGGAGUGAGUCGAAUCUGGGUAUUCAGCCUGAUGAGGAGAAAGGGCAUCGCAACACGUUUGCUAGACACCGUCAGGGGAUCGUUCAUGUAUGGAAGCCCACUGACCAAAGAAGAAAUCGCCUUCUCCGACCCCACUCCUGCUGGCAAGCUCUUUGCAACGAAGUACUGUGGAACUCCUAAGUUUCUAGUCUAUAACUUCAUUGCCUGAUUUUUGUAAAUUGACACGUUCUCAGUGGUUUAUACUUUGAGAAAUGACUUGCUGCUGUUUGUAUAAUAUUAACAGUUUAAUUCAGUUCUAAUGGAGGUUUUGGCUAGCAUGUAUUUAAUGGAACAGUUGGUGAGAAGGCAGAUUGACAUGUGCCUUGGCUCAGCAAUUGAAUCUGUAUAAAAGUGUGCAUGCAAUUAAACAAGCACACUUUACAUUACAUUAGCCAUGCCAUCCAGUGCCAAACAAUAAGAUGGGCUCAGUGCCUACAUCAAAGGAUGUGGGAAACUUUUUUUUUUUUAAUCCAAGAAGUUCCAUUGUUAGAUGUACUCACAUUCUCCUGUUUAAGAUAUGAACUUGUAGUUAGUUUUUACACUGAUGGGGCCCCUCCAGUUCUGAGAAUCUGCUGGUAUAAAAGUUAUGUGCAGUGUGUGGUUUUUUUUUUGUAAAUAUUUUAAAUAAAUGAACUAAGCAUG